AUGGGGUUCGGAGAGGAAAAAGGGACAAUGAGUUUUCGCGAGAGGACUCCAAGCCCAAGACCCAGAAUGAGGUUUAAAACUAGCAAGAAACCAAAAGUGAAAAGGAAAAAAAAGAAGAAAGAUUUAGAGGAACUGAAGAAGGAGGUGGUCAUGGAUGACCACACAUUAACCUUGGAAGAGCUGAGUGCCAAGUAUUCUGUGGACCUGAACAAAGGUCUUAGCCCCGAAAAAGCAAAGGAAAACCUGCUUCGAGAUGGACCCAACGCACUUACUCCUCCUGCCACCACUCCAGAAUGGGUCAAAUUCUGUAAACAGUUGUUUGGCGGCUUCUCUCUCCUGCUGUGGACUGGGGCCAUCCUCUGCUUCUUGGCCUAUUGCAUUCAGCUGUAUGCCCAUCAGGAACCUCCCAAAGAUAAUCUGUUCCUGGGCAUCGUGCUGUCUGUAGUGGUCAUCAUCACCGGCUGCUUCUCCUAUUAUCAGGAGGCCAAAAGCUCAAAGAUAAUGGAAUCUUUUAAGAACAUGGUGCCACAGCAAGCUCUGGUAAUUCGAGACGGAGAGAAGAUGCAAAUUGAUGUACAAGACGUGGUGGUGGGAGACCUGGUAGAGGUGAAAGGUGGAGACAGAAUCCCUGCUGACCUCCGGCUUAUCUCUUCACAAGGAUGCAAGGUGGACAAUUCCUCCCUGACUGGAGAGUCAGAGCCCCAAUCCCGCUCCCCUGACUUCACCCAUGAGAACCCUCUGGAGACACGAAAUAUCUGCUUCUUCUCCACCAACUGUGUAGAAGGAACAGCCCAGGGUAUUGUGAUUGCUACAGGAGACUCCACGGUGAUGGGCCGAAUCGCUACGCUAACAUCAGGCCUGGUGGUUGGCAAGACGCCCAUUGCUAGGGAGAUCGAACACUUCAUCCAUAUUAUCACGAUGGUGGCCAUCUUCCUCGGUGUCACUUUCUUUGGGCUCUCGCUUCUCUUGGGCUAUGACUGGCUGGAGGCUGUCAUUUUUCUCAUUGGCAUCAUUGUGGCCAAUGUGCCUGAGGGGCUGCUGGCCACUGUCACUGUGUGCUUGACCCUGACAGCCAAGCGCAUGGCACGGAAAAAUUGCCUAGUGAAGAACCUGGAGGCGGUAGAGACGCUGGGCUCCACGUCUACCAUCUGCUCGGACAAGACAGGCACCCUCACCCAGAACCGCAUGACCGUAGCCCACUUGUGGUUUGAUAACAACGUGCAUGAGGCUGACACCAAUGAAAGACAGUUUGGGGAAACAUUUGCCAAGGACUCUGAUACUUGGAUUAUCUUGGCCCAAAUCGCUGGCCUCUGCAAUCGGGCAGACUUUAAAGCUCAUCAAGAAACCCUGCCCAUAGCUCAGCGGGAAACAACAGGGGAUGCUUCUGAGUCAGCCCUCCUCAAGUUCAUCGAGCAGUCCUACGGCUCAGUGAAGGAGAUGAGAGAGAAGUACCCCAAAGUAGCAGAGAUUCCCUUUAAUUCUACCAACAAGUACCAGUUGUCCAUCCACCUUCGGGAGGACAGCUCCCAGGCCCACGUACUGAUGAUGAAAGGUGCUCCUGAGAAGAUCAUGGAGUUGUGCUCUACUUUCUUCCUGAAUGGCCAAGAGUACCCAAUAGAUGAUGAAAUGAGGACUGCUUUCCAAAAGGCCUACUUAGAACUGGGAGGCAUGGGGGAACGUGUGCUGGGGUUCUGCUUCUGCAACCUGCCUAACAGCUUCUCCAAGGGAUUCCAAUUUAAUACAGAUGAGAUAAAUUUUCCUAUGGACACUUUGUGUUUUGUGGGGCUCAUAUCCAUGAUUGACCCUCCCCGGGCAGCUGUUCCACAUGCUGUGAGCAAGUGUCGUAGUUCAGGGAUUAAGGUGAUCAUGGUAACAGGAGAUCAUCCCAUUACAGCCAAGGCCAUUGCCAAGGGUGUGGGCAUCAUCUCAGAAGGUGCAGAGACAGCAGAGGACAUUGCUGCCCGGCUUAACAUCCCCGUCAGCCAGGUGGAUACCAGGAAUGUCACAGCCAUAGUGGUCCAUGGCGCAGACCUAAAGAACAUGAACUCAGAACAGCUUGACAGGAUCCUCCAGAACCACCCGGAGAUCGUGUUUGCUCGGACCUCCCCUCAGCAGAAGCUCAACAUUGUGGAGGGUUGUCAGAGGCUGGGAGCCGUUGUGGCGGUGACAGGUGACGGGGUGAACGACUCCCCUGCGCUGAAGAAGGCUGACAUUGGCAUCGCCAUGGGCAUCACUGGCUCUGACGUCUCUAAGCAGGCGGCCGACAUGAUCCUGCUGGAUGACAACUUUGCCUCCAUCGUCACAGGCGUGGAAGAGGGCCGCCUCAUCUUUGACAACCUGAAGAAAUCCAUCGCGUACACCCUGACCAGCAACAUCCCUGAGAUCACCCCCUUCCUGCUGUUCAUCAUCCUCAGUAUUCCGCUACCACUAGGGACAAUAACCAUCCUCUGCAUUGACCUGGGCACUGAUAUGUUCCCAGCUAUCUCCUUGGCUUAUGAGACAGCGGAAAGUGACAUCAUGAAGAGGCACCCACGGAACCCAAAGACUGAUAAUCUGGUGAACCAUCGUCUCAUUGGCAUGGCCUAUGGACAGAUUGGGAUGAUCCAGGCUCUAGCAGGAUUCUUCACCUACUUUGUGAUCUUGGCCGAAAAUGGCUUUAAACCUUUUGAUCUGCUGGGUAUCCGCCUGAAAUGGGAUGAUCGCUCCGUAAAUGACCUGGAGGACAGCUACGGACAGCAGUGGACCUAUGAGCAGCGGAAGGUGGUGGAGUUCACAUGCCAGACGGCCUUCUUUGCCAGCAUCGUGGUUGUGCAGUGGGCUGACCUCAUCAUCUGCAAGACCCGCCACAACUCCGUCUUCCAGCAGGGCAUGAAAAACAAGGUUCUAAUAUUCGGGAUCCUGGAGGAGACACUCCUGGCCGCUUUUCUGUCCUACACUCCAGGCAUGGACGUGGCCCUGCGAAUGUACCCACUCAAGUUAGCCUGGUGGUUCUGCGCCCUCCCCUACAGCAUUCUUAUCUUCGCCUAUGACGAAAUCAGGAAACUCAUCAUCCGUCAAUGGCCUGGCGGCUGGCUGGAGAGGGAGACAUACUACUAAACUCAGAAGAAGACGACUUCACAUGAGGAGGCGUGUCUUGAAGCCCAAACUAUGAGUUUGACACAAUAUCUGAGCGAGCAUAUGAGUUGGGGGCUGAAGACACUGGGACAAAUUACCCUGGAUGAGAGAGAGAGCAAUCCUAGGCUGGACUGAGGGCAUUGUGGGGUGGGUUAGGGGAAUCCCAGCCUGCACCUGGCUGGAGCCCAGCAGGGAGGGACAUAGUCCUAUAGAAUCCAGGAGCCAGUCUAGAGAGUAAAUGUUUAGAACAGCUCUCACCAAACUGAAUGUGUUCCAUCUGAUUUUUGGGGAGUGGGAAUCCCUACAUCUUCAUGGUAACAGGGAAGGAUAGUCUGUAAGCAACCUAAGUUGAGGUUGGAAGGGGAUCCCUAGGGGCUGGCUCAGUUGGUGGAGUACCUGCCUCACAUGCACAAGGCCCUGUGUUCAAUCCCCAGCAUCACAAAAAGAAAGAAAAAGAAAAUGGCAGAAUCAAGCAUCCUUGCCCCUUGAGGGCUGUUAAGCACCCCCCUUUUAGAAUUGGAGAUUGAGCCCCGGGACUUGAGCAUUGGUAAGCCCUCUAUCACUGCAUCCCCAAUCCAUAUCCCCCAUCUUAACUCUCUGUCCCCUGGAGAGCAAGGGACUAGUAACUGCCCCCAAAAGUUUAGCUGUGAUCAGAGACUGGAAGAGGGAGGGUGAGAGGUGAUCAGCUGAGCUGCACUCUAUAAAGGGGGCCACGGAAUGCACACAUACCCCCAGGCCCACAGCUGGUGAGGCCACUCAUUUAGUUUCUGCCUUGGAUUUCCUCAAACUACAGACCAUAGAAUUGUAGCACUAGAAGAGUCUCAGCGGGGUGCAGUGACUUGCACCUGGAAUCCCAGCAAAUCGGGAGGCUGAGACAGGAAGAUCGCACGUUCAUGGCCAGCCUGGGCAACUUUGAGGUCCUGUCUCAAAAUAGAAAAGGACUGUGGCUAUAACUCAAUGGUAGAGUGCCCCUGGGUUCAACCCCCAGUACUUACUGAGAGGAAAAAAAUAAAUAAAUAAAGGGUUGGGUCCGCCCAGAAGUACACAGAGCAAGACAGAAAUGCUAAGAAAAGCUGGGGGGAACUAUCAGCUGUUACCAGAAACAAAACACAUGUAAUAAGUAACUGCAUUCUAGGCCUGGCACUGGGACAAAGGCUACACACACACCAUCAAUUAAUUCAAGCAAAUGUAGUCCUACCACACCAUUCCGUAGCUGAGGAAACCAAGGUCUGUCUGAUUCUAGAAGUUGUGCCUUUAACAACUCUUCAGCCUAGUCUUAUAGUAAGGGCUGGGCCGAAACAGAAAAACAAAACAUUAACAAAAUAGGAGAGUGAAGGAGGAGAGGUCGUGGGUGGAUCUGGAGGAUGAGGGACCAUGGGCUGGCAAAAAGAAGGCAAUCCCAGGGGACAGGGGUAGCCCACCUCCCUUCCCCUCCACCAACCCCUCCUCAGGCUCUCUCUUCCAAUACAAGGGUUCCUAGGGACAGGGCUGUGUCCGUCUGGGGUCCUUCCCUGGCUGCUGACAUGGCUGAACUAGACUCUGGAAGAUGGGAGGACCAGGAGGUAUGUGUGUGAGCUGGGGAGGGGGAGUGCAGAGGGGCUGGCUCCUCGGGUUUCAGUAGCAGGAGCUUUGGGUGUCUGGUGGGUUAAAAAUACAGAGGCCCCAACUCAGGGUCAUUUGAUACCAGCGGCUGAGGCGUGAUAAGUCCAAAGAGCCUGGAGGCAAGGGGCCUAGAGGGAAGGGGACUGAGGAGAAAAUAGAGAGCCCAGCAUCAGAGAGAGAGCCCGGGUGGCGGGUACAGGAGCCGGAAAGAGUAAGGGUAGAACUAGAGCCAAAAAGGGCAACCCCUAGGGAGCAGUGACUGCAGGAGAGGAUGAGGAGAAGGAGCAGGCCAGGGUCACCUCAUAGUCCUGUCUCACGCCCUUUUUGGGAGGAGGGGUGUGUGCAAAAGGUCCCAUUGAUCAUGGAAUAAGUCUAAUGUCCCAUUGUCUCUGUUCAAAUGUUUCCCCCUCCCCAGAAUGCUGCAGAAGUAAGAGAUCGAGGCCGGUCAUCAUCUGGGUCAUCUACUUCUGGGCAGGCCUGCCCAUUGCUCCCCACCAUCUUGGCUAGGGUUCUUGGCUCUAGCACGUCAGUUGCUCUCCUGGGAGAGCAGGAGGUGGAAUUCUGAGAUCUCUUCAGCUGUAAUGUGCCAUGCUUGAGCUAGAUUUGGCCUCUCCUGCUACCGUGACAGCUGUUCCUAUUGGACUCGGUCCUGCCAUGCUCUUGAGAUUUUCUGUGGCCUUCCUCACUUUGCUAUGUAAGGUCUGCCCCAUGGCAGUGGGCAAAAAUUAUCCUGCUAAUACAAUUCCAUGCCCUCGCCUAAAUGCAAAAUAAACGUGGUACUUCCAAAA